AUGUGUUACUUUUGCUACGUAUACCUUUCUAACAAAGCGGGUGCGGUUGAAGCAGGUCUCAUGGAGUUACAAGCUUUGCUUGUAUUAUGUGGAAUUGGAGUAGUUAUAGUAGCAGUGGUCCUGCUUAUGGGACUAUUUUCGGCAUCAGGAACGAGUUACGAAGAAGCUAUCGCUCAACAGAGAAAAGCUGCUAGUGAACUUCUAGCACUGGCGGAAAAUAAGACUAAGAAUAAGAAAACAAGUAAAAAAGCCCAUAAAAAGCUAGCAAAGAAAGAAAAAAAAGAGAAUGUGCCGGCCACUACAAGCAGUGAAGUUGAAAGUGAGGUGCCCGGAGAGAGUGGUUUAGAAGACGAAGUUACUCCAGGGAAACCAACUGUUGAGUUUCAGCCUCCUGUUGUUGUUGAACUGCCACAGGAUGCCCCAUCCAACAUAAAGAUUCGCAAACGCGGCAAGGAAUCUAAAGUAAAGCCCAUUCUCGUAAACAAAGAGGAUCCGAGUUGUGUUAGCGAUCCGAGUAUGGCAGAUGCGGUUACGCAGGUCGUAAACCAUUUUGAAGAAAUUCAACCCAAGGAUGAGUUCGAGUUAUUCCAUUCUUCACACUUGGGGGAUAAAGCAUCUGAAGCUAAAGACGAAGUUCUGGAAAAGAAGGAGAAGUCCAAGCAAGUCAAGGGUGUUGCCAAGGUUCAAAAACCAGUCAAUGAGCCUGUUAAAGAUGUUUCACGAGACAGAAACAACAGUGGCGAGGCUCCCAAAGAACAACGAAAAGCUAAAAAGACAGAGAAGAAGGCUGUAGAAGAGUCAGCUGUAGUUGAAGAAAUAGUACCCCCUCUAAAUGCUCCCCAACCGAGUGAACUGACGACAGAAAAGUUGCUAAAACAGGCGCUUGUGACUGCAGCGCCUAUGUCUUCUCCAGCACCCAUGAAGAAUAAAAAGAAGAAAGCCGAACCAAAUGUUCUUUCUCUUAUUGCUGGUGACAGUGGUGGUGUGUCAGUGAGCGAGUUGGUUAGAGUUGUUAAGGAGGCGUCUCUCUCACGCACCGAAAUACAAAUACUGACAGACGCUUUACUCAACAAACAACACGACCCUCUUCCGGAGCACUCUGAGUGGACAGAGGGUCCGAAUGAUCCAAUGCAAAAAGUGAAGAAGCAGCUGGCUGAUAAAGAAAAGGCUCUCGCUGACGAGAUCGAAGCGUCACAAGCCUUACACGCUAAACUGAAAGAACUAAGGACUGUCCUAAAUGCGGAACGUGGUCGUGCGACGAGUGCCAGCCGCAUGGCCGAACAAGCCGCGGCCGCAUCGCGCGCUGAACUCCACACUCUGCAGACCCGCCUGCAACGCCUCUUAGAUGAUAACCAUGCGCUCGCGCAAGAAAAGCUUGUGUUCCAAGCAAAGCUAAAUGAAGAAAGUGAAGCUCAAGCCCAGAGAGUACAAAUGGAGAUGCAUAUUCAGAGACUGUCGGAGGCGGAAGCGGCGUUCGUUCAGCAGUUAGGCGCGCUGCAGGCCGAAUUAAACGCGCGCGUGCUGGAAGCUGGGCAGGCGAGAUGCGAAGCGGGGGCCGCACGAGACUCGAUGAUUAUGGCACAGCAACAUGCUGCAGAACUGGCCCAACAGCUACAGGAAGCGAACCGAGUAUACUCUGAACUCGAGCAGCAACGGCAGUGCGCGGUGCGAGCGGAGCAGCUGGCACAGCAAGAUUUACGUCAGACACAACAACGACUUGCUGGUUUAACCGAUUUGCAAAAUGAGGUGCAGAGGUUGACUUCACAAGCGCAAACAGCUGAAACUAGCCUAGAAAAAUAUAAGGAGGAUUCUGAUAAACAAAAGGAAGAGAUGCUCAAGGAAUUGAAUACAUUACGUGAGCAGCUUGCGAUGCGGGAGAGCGAGUUGGUAGAGCUAAAAUUAAUGAAAUCGACACCUGCUCAAAAUGGGUUGCCCUCUGCUGAAGAUACAGAUAAACUAAAGGCGAGCGAGUUGGCUAAAGUCGAAAGCGUAGUCGAGGCCCUACGCCGUGAUCUGGAAGCCGCACAAACUGCGAACUUAGAUCAGCAACAGCAGCUGUCUACCCUGAACCAACAGCUGCAACAGUAUAAGGAAAAGAACAAUGAGUUGCGAACUAAAAACUGGAAAAUAAUGGAAGCUUUACAAAGUGCGGAACGGUCUCUGCAAGCUAAAACAUCGAGCGCGUUGCCGGCCCAAGGCCACUCUGAAGCAAUAUCGAAUGCUCAAGAGUUACAUUUCAACGAGGUGAUCAACGUCCUCCGCUCUGUGUGUCCCACGGCUGCGCCCACACAUUCAACUGGUUACGACUGGAUCAAAACAUUCGCUGACAAUGUUAAAAAUGAACUACACAAAGUUGAAUCGGAAAAGGCCGCAUUCGAGAAAUCACUCGCGGAAAAACUCGUACAAAAAGAAAAUGAAAAGAAACAAAUUGAAAAUGAAUUACAAAAGAAAGUACAAGAUAAAGAGAACGAGAGAUUGAGAGUAGAGAGAGAAUUACAAAAGAAACUUGCGGACAUAGAGAAGGAAAGAAAAUCGUUAGAGAGUGAAAUGCAAAACAGGCUUCUAGAGAAAGAAAACGAGAAGAAAAGGGUAGAGAGUGAAUUCAAGAAAAAACUGGAGGAGAGUUGUGUGAAGAAACAAGUAGAUUCGAGUAGUUCUACAGUGAAUGGUUCCAGAUUAACAGAAAUUAUUUCUCAGAAUGAACAGUUGCAAGCGUCAGUUAAUAAAUACAAAAGGAUCAUCAACGAUACCGAGGGUGUUCUGAGCCAAUUGCAGCAGAAUGUGUCCGUCGAGGAGGCGCGAUGGGCUCGACAACUUGCCGAUCAACAGAGGGAAUUGGAUGAACUCAGGCAGAGGACUGUUCUGCAGAUGCAAAACAAAAUAGAUCAAUUACAAGGAGAAUUGCAGAAUGCUAAAACUAAAAAUCACAAUGCUAGCUUCACUGAUGCAGAAAGACUGACUGAGGAGAGAUUGAUGUCCAGUUUCUCUAAGCCACAAGUUGACGUACACAACGGGCCACUACAGGCGUCCUUAGGAGAGAAAUAA